AUGGCAAUUAGGUCUUCUGCUUUGGUAUUGGCUGUUGCUUUUCUACUGCUUUCGGUCAGCCACUCCUCAUUUGCAGCUAGAAACAUGCAAAUGAGCAGUGGUACCAAGGCACAGAAUAACAACAAUAAUAAUAUGGUGCAUGCCACUAGGAAAAACCCUAGUGGUAAUCAUGUUAAUGGUCUCACUGAUAACAAGAACUUUGUGUUUAGUGGUAUUGGUGGUGGACUUGGUGGUGGUGCUGGUAUUGUGGGACCGCUUGGUGGUGUCGGGGGAUUUUCUGGAAUCGGAGCUGGUGUUGGUUCUGUUUUCCCUGUUGGCGGACUCGUUGGUGGUGGUGUUGGUGGUGCAGCUGGUGCUGGUGGAGGAGUUGGUGGCAUUCUUCCUUGA